UACCCUGAUUUCCGUGGGACUGGGAAACGAAAGAGGAGGGUGGCGAGCCUUUCAGGAACUGAGGGAACAGCCGCAAACAGCUUAACUUAACAAAUUAACAACUUGUAGCCUCCACCGUCGGUUCCCCGGCGUCUCCCGACCCUCCGACGGAGUAGCGUUCACUUUUCUGGCGGCUCUCCGUUGCUCUGUCGCUGGAUUGUUUCACUAGUCCGGAGGAGAUUUUUCGGAGGAGACGGGAAGCAGUUUGAGUUGAACCCGGUUUGAAGGGCUGUGGCCAUGGCCGGGGGUGGCGGCGGCGGUGGGGUUUCUCCGUUGGGGCCCGCUCCGCCGAUGUGGUAUCACCGGGACCUGAGUCGAGCGGCCGCCGAGGAGCUGCUCGCCCGAGCCGGGAGAGACGGCAGCUUCCUGGUGCGGGACAGCGAGAGUGUCAACGGGGCUUACGCUUUGUGUGUACUGUUUCAGAAGCACGUCCACACAUACAGAAUCCUACCAGACGAUGAAGGAUUUCUGGCAGUACAGACAUCUCAGGGCGUACAGCCGAAGCGGUUUAAGACGCUGCCAGAGUUGGUGUCAUUGUACCUGCAGCCCAGCCAGGGUCUGGUCACCACCCUGCUUUACCCUGUGGACAGAGAGGAGACGGCCAUCAGUGAUGACAGGGACUAUUCAGAUGGAGAGGAUGAGAAGCCGCCCCUCCCCCCUCGAUCUGCCUCCACCUCCACUCCACCUGGACCAGACACACCCACAGACAGCCCUCCAGCAGCCAAUGGCCUGAGCACCAUCUCCCAUGAGUACCUGAAGGGCAGCUACGCUUUGGACCUUGAGGCGGUCAAACAAGGAGCCUGCGCUUUGCCUCACCUCAACAAGACGCUAGUGGCCUCCUGCAAACGCCUUAAUGGGGAGGUGGAUAAAGUUCUGUCUGGUCUGGAGAUCCUGUCGAAAGUCUUCGAUCAGCAGAGUGCAUUCAUGGUCUCAAAGAUGAUCCAACAGUCUGUGAAUCAGGGUGGAGACCAGGAGUUGGAGAACCUUGUGACCAAGCUGGCAAUUCUCAAAGACCUGCUGUCUUCUAUAGAGAAGAAGGCUCUGAAAGCUCUACAGGACAUGAGCCUGUCCUCUCCGUGCUCCCCUCCUCCUCUCUCCAUGCGUCACAGCAAAGCCAUUCCUGUGCAGGCCUUCGAGGUGAAGCUUGAUGUUUACCUGGCAGAGCUGACAAAGAUAGGAAAGAGUCAGAAGUACACUUUGUCUGUGGAUGUGGAGGGAGGACGGCUCGUAGUGAUGAAGAAGGUGAAGGACAAUCAGGAGGACUGGACCACCUUCACACAUGACAAAAUACGUCAGCUGAUCAAGUCUCAGCGGGUGCAGAAUAAACUGGGCAUUGUGUUUGAGAAGGAAAAGGAUAAGAGCCAGAGGAAAGACUUCAUCUUUGCUAGUGCCAAAAAGCGGGAGGCGUUCUGCCAGCUGCUGCAACUGAUGAAGAACAAACAUUCCAACCAGGACGAGCCAGACAUGAUUUCCAUCUUUAUAGGCACCUGGAAUAUGGGCUCAGUGCCUUCGCCGAAGUCUGUUGCUUCGUGGGUGUUGUGUCGAGGUCUUGGCAAAACUCUGGAUGAGAUGACUGUCACCAUCCCACAUGACCUGUAUGUGUUUGGAACCCAGGAAAACUCGGUGUGUGAUCGGGAGUGGGUGGAGUCGCUACGUGCCAUGUUAAAAGAACAGACAGAGCUGGAUUAUAAGCCGAUCGCAGUGCAGACUCUGUGGAACAUAAAAAUUGCUGUGUUGGUGAAACCUGAACAUGAGAACCGGAUCAGCCACGUAGGGAUGUCCAGUGUCAAGACAGGCAUCGCUAACACACUGGGUAACAAAGGAGCAGUGGGGGUGUCUUUCAUGUUUAACGGAACAUCUUUUGGCUUUGUGAAUUGUCACUUGACAUCAGGGAAUGAGAAGAUUGCCAGGAGGAACCAGAACUACCUUGAUAUCCUGCGGCUGCUGUCACUAGGAGACAAACAGCUGAGCUCCUUUGACAUAUCGCUGCGCUUCACACACCUCUUUUGGCUGGGAGACCUCAACUACAGGCUGGAUAUGGACAUACAGGAGAUUUUAAACUAUAUUAACAGGAAGGAAUUUGAGCCCCUGCUGAAGGUAGACCAGCUCAACCUGGAGAGGGAGAAGAAUAAAGUGUUUUUACGCUUUGCGGAGGAAGAGAUCUCGUUCCCACCCACCUACCGGUAUGAACGAGGCUCGAGAGACACGUACGUCUGGCAGAAGCAGAAGGCCACAGGGAUGAGGACUAAUGUUCCAUCCUGGUGUGACAGGAUCCUGUGGAAGUCAUACCCAGAAACACACAUUGUCUGCAACUCCUAUGGCUGUACAGAUGAUAUAGUGACCAGUGAUCAUUCCCCUGUCUUUGCUACGUUUGAGGUGGGCGUGACCUCCCAGUUUGUCUCCAAGAAAGGUCUGCCAAAGUCUUCAGAGCAGGCCUACAUUGAGUUUGAGAGCAUCGAGGCCAUAGUGAAGACAGCAAGCAGGACCAAGUUCUUCAUCGAAUUCUACUCCACUUGUCUGGAAGAGUUUAAGAAAAGUUAUGAAAACGACAGUCAGAGCAGCGACAACGUCAACUUUCUGCGUGUGGGCUGGUCCAACAAGCAGCUAACAACGCUGAAACCUCUUCUGUCAGAGAUUGAGUACCUGCAGGACCAACAUCUGUUACUAACAGUGAAAUCACUAGAUGGAUACGAGUCUUACGGAGAGUGUGUGUUGGCUCUGAAGUCGAUGAUUGGCAGCACAGCGCAGCAGUUCCACACCUACCUGUCGCACCGUGGAGAGGAAACAGGAAAUAUCAGGGGGUCCAUGAGGGUCAGAGUCCCAUCUGAAAGGAUGGGAACCAGGGAGAGACUGUAUGAGUGGAUCAGUGUGGACAAGGAUGAGACAGGUGGACCUAAAGGGAAAUCCACUAUGGUGUCCAGGGUUGGACAUGAGUAUGUGAAGCCAUCUGCGGUGCGUAAACAGCUUGGAGAGCUGGGAAAGCUCAGUGAGGAGGGAGAAAGGAGCAUCAAGGAGGACACUGCUGCAAGACCUAAACAGGACACAGCAGACGGUGAUCCGUCGAUCUGCAAGAACAGCUACAAUAAUCCCGCCUACUACAUCCUGGAGGGCGUUCCCAACCAGUCAGCUGCAGCUCUUUCACCUGAGCUUCUCCCAUCUCCUACCUCAGCAAACCCCCAGGCAGCUAAAGCCCCUCCUCCCUCAGCUGGAGCUCGAACCAAACCCCCCUGUACGACCUCAGCGGCCUCCCACCCGCGCAGACCCAUGACAGGACACCCGGUCCGUGCCAUUAGCGAGGAGGGAUCCUCGGAAGACGACGGAGGUGCUGGUGUGGCAGGGGCACAGGGAGGAGGCGUCGGAGGAAUAACUGUUGGAAGCACACUGAAUAGACCACCUCCUGACUUUCCACCACCUCCUCUCCCUAAAGGAGCACUGGAGAUGGUUGCAGAGGCCCCCUUUACAAAACCUCGGCCUCUUUACCCAGACCUGGCUGAGGUCAGAAUCCCAGCAGCCGGCCCCAGCGCCCCGCUUCCCCUCGGGGAGGGUUUUAGGCGAGGAGGAGUUGGAGGAGUCGGAGCAGGAGCGCUGGACGACCAGUCGUGUUCUGUGCUCCAGAUGGCAAAGACACUGAGUGAGAGUGAGUUUCCUGGACAGCCUCCACGCGCUCCUUCAGCUCCACCACCUCUCAGAGGGCAGCCGAUGGGGUUAGGUCUGGAUGCCUGCCGCACCUUCCCGCCCAGAAAUCCCAUCACAGAGAGUAUCGCAGAGGACAUGCCAGAGGAGGCACUUUGGGGCAGCAGUAGUUCAUCUUUGUCUGUGGGGGAAUCUUCAGUGGGGGAGUGGCUGCAGAGACUGGGGCUGGAGAGGUAUGAGCAGGGGCUUCUACACAACGGCUGGGACGACCUGGAGUUCCUAAGUGACAUCACCGAGGAGGACCUGGAGGAGGCGGGAGUGCUCGACCCCGCCCACAAGCGAAUCCUGCUGGAGAGCCUCAGGCAGCAGCAACAACAGCAGCAGCAGAAAUAAACUAUAUCAAACUGGUCUAUGACUGGUCCACACCAGCCUGGAACCACACCAGGUCCCAAGAGGCCAAAUCUCAGUUGAACUGAACCCAACUGAGCUGGAACGUGCCAAUUGAUGCCAGACUGUGCCUUCAGAGAGAAUUUGCACUCCAUUUGUUCUUUCAAAAAAGAAAAAAACACUUGUUGAACCAACGUCCUUUUUUUUUUCACAUGUACUGUAUGUGUGUUGUCACUGUCAUAGAUGUGGCCUUAUUUAAUGAUAAACAUUUCAGUCCUUCGAGCAUCACUACAUAACCCUCGGCUUUAAAUCCAGACACAUUUAGAGAUUCAACUCGUGUAGAGCAGCCGACGUUUUGAUGCUGAGUCAUGUGUGUCCGAUGUGACCAGUAGCUUCGAGGAAAGCAUUUAGAGCGUGCUCUUCUUUUCUUUGUCCUGAGAAACUUUAACUGAGGAGUGACGACGUUUGAGACUCCUCAAGGGUGGGACGUUUAAGUUUAAAGCAAAAUGAAAAAGAGGGCUUUUUUGAGGGAAGCAGAGCCUUGAAAAACACACUGCCCGUGUUUUGCUUAACAACACUGUGUUCUCUGAGUCUCAGGUUUUUCCCCACUCAUGGCCACAUUUGGGCAACUGCGGGAAUCAUUAGCGUGCACUCAAGAGUAAUAGCAGCCCACAGCUCGGUCAGAGGAGCCCUUUCUCUUCUGUGAUGGACGCAAACAGGAUGUGGUGACAGGAAAGAAGCUAGCAGGCCAGGCUGGAGUGAGCUAAACUCACAUGUUGCAGAUUGUUUGUGGGUCUCUGCUCUUUAAACGGUGGCCUGUGCUGUCCGAGUGUCUCAGCAUGUAUUUAUGGUUUUGUUUUAUUUUCUGAUGAUAAAGGGAAUAUUGAGCAAAUCAACCAAAUCAAACCUUUUCGAGCUAAAGUGCAUAUUUCACCUUGCCGCAACAUUUAACAGACUGCCGUCGACUUUUGACGUCAAUUUGCUGGUGUGUCAUUUGUUCUCACUUGACAAUUGAACCCUUUUUCUGACACUUCCAUGCUGUGAUACGUUGGUUAUAUUCUUUAAAGUAUUCUCACGCAUAACUUGGCACAACCAGCAUUCAGUAUAUUAGUCAAUAAAUUAAGUAGAUAAGGUAUACAUGUGGCAAUAAAGGCUGCAUCAAGGGGAAAUAUGACUUUAAAGAUUUAAAAACGUACACUUCUCAUGCUCACAAUUUCAUUUGUCUGAGGACGUUAAAUCUCAAUUCACAGAAGACGUGACCCAGAUUUGAUUGGCGUUACAUCACUUUUUUUUUUUUUUUUUCUGUACUCAAUUCAUUUUAAAUUGUCUAAAUGAAGCAGUGUUCAGGGAAUUGGUUAACAUAGCCAAAUAGAUAAACUCAUGGUUAACAUUUAACGAGCCAUUGCCAUUUGUCACCAAAAAAUUAUUUUUUUGUCUGUAAUAUUUCGUCGAUCCGAUUCGGUUCUAUUGUUACAUUAGUGGAGUUUUAGGAUGAUGAUAUAUUUCAUACACACAGAACAAGAUGUCGCCUCUUGUAACACAUUAUAAAAGUCAGGACAGAUGUGAGCCACUGUGUUUCCUGAUAUAGCCAGCAGGUGGAGCUGCUACUCCACUAACUCCUAUCAGUUGAUUAACUUCUGAGAUGGUGGUGUGUUUCUUAUAUCUUGUUUCUAAGCAGUUAAAAAUCUGAUCUGUCAGUUUUAAAACUGAUUGUGUUUGUUCAUAAUUUAAAUCCUCUUCUGUUCACGGGACUAGAAGAGAGGGUUCAUCUGGACAUGACUGAUGGAUUUCUUUUAUCAGGCUGGAUCACACUAAACAAUUUCUUCUCUUAAGCACACAACUUGCUUGUGCUACUAAAAUGUGUCUUUUUUUUUUUUUUCUUUUUUUUUGCCACGUCCUAAAAAGUAAAUCAUUCAACUGAUACAUAUGUGGAGCUAAAUAUGAACAGAAAACCUUCAUUCAUGUCUGAAAAAGAGUCUCCAUGUCAUUACUAAAUUUCUAUUUGACCCGAGGAUUAUUUUGCUCACGUACAGCCUUAGACUUUGUGUUAAUAUGUUGUACAAUAUGUCUAAACCUUUAACAGCCAAUCAACCACAAUGCAGAGAAUGUGGAUCUGCCGUUCAGACGUGUUCAAUCUAAUGUCUUUUUAAGCCUUUUCAGUGUUCUCAGUGAUGUGCGUGAGUGUGUGUGUGAUUGUGUUUGCGUGCAUGUGUGAAAAAGCCAUUGUUGUUUUCUCUGACACUCCAUUUUAUCUUGUUCCUUCAUUUCAUGUAGCCUUUUACUUGGGUUGUGUUAAGUUAAUGUAAGUUGUUCACCCAUGUAUUUUUUUUUUUUUUCAAUUAAAAUCUUAAUAUCUUUC